AUGUCCAAAUCGAAAACAUCCGACAUCCAACAACAACGUGCUUACACUGAAAUAAUAAACUUCACAAUUAAUUACGAAAAGCCAAUUGUAACGGAUUUAACAAAGGACUUACAGGACGGCGUUAUAUUAUCCCGAUAUUUAGAGAUUGAAAGUUGUAAAAAAAUUGAAGGGAUCAUUAAGACACCUCUUACACAACAAGACCGUGAGAAGAAUAUGAACACUAUUGUUGAUUUUUUGAAAGGUGAAAAAAUUAAAGUGACAACGUCUGUUGAAGAGGUCUUACGUGGAGAAUUUAAACCAACGAUCACUCUACUCUUUUAUAUUAUGUAUCGGUACAGACUCAAUGACGUCCCAGUACGAAUCAUCGACUUUUCAAGGUGGUUCCGUUUUGUGCUCAAAAUAACGAACCCCCUUUUUGACCUGAAAAGUGAAUUUGGUGAUGGCACUCUAUUUGCACGAUUUAUUAAUUCUUUUCGAGCAAAUGCAAUAACUGCGAAUAUGUUCACCAAAGACAAGGUGAAGAACUGUAAUACAUGUCUGAACAUAGCAAAGGAACUAUUAAACAUACCACCUUUACUUAUUCCGCAAUAUGUUUCUGAUAUUGAUGAUAACACUUUAGUACUUUACUUGUCGUAUUUUGUCACUAAAGAAACGCGAUUUGGUAGUCAAGACAUGAAAGUUGUUGAAAAGAUUCACGCUGGGCGAAGAGAAGCUAUCAAACAAAAAAGAAAAGAUCUUCAAAUGCUGUUAAAUUCUGAGUUAGAAGUUGUCACUGCGCUUUGUGACAAAAACACGGACAUGUCUAUUGCAGAUAAAGUGAAAAAAAUCAAAACAAAUGCAGAGAACAUGGAGGAAGGUCUUGAGAUGGUUGAUGUGUCUGAUGACGUUUAUGAUGAAACCCCGAACGACGCGGUCAUACAAGAACUCAAAAUGACGCGAGAGAAAGUAGCGAACCUCAAAAUUGAAGCACUAGGGUUAGUCAAAGAGGAAAUCAAAUCCCCCGAACCGCAAAAUCUUGGCGCAACGGAGGAGAACGAGAAACUACGAAAUGAAGUGAAGAUCCGCAGCACUAAAAUUGAAGAAUUGGAAAAGGCUGUAGAGCUGAUGAAAGAGAAGAAAGAAUCUGCGGAAAAGGCCGAACGAGAGAUGCGAGUCAAAUUACAAGGAGAGAACACAUUGAUGGGGAUCAUUCAGGAGUUUGAAAGAAGUGUGAAGGACUUGAAUAUGAGGAUUAAAGAGAAGAACGACGCGAUCGAUCAGAUGGAAACAACUAUUGAUGAUAUGAAAGAGGACGGAGAAGUCAAAGAACAGAUGAUGAAAGAUUUGAAGAAUGAACUUUUGGAGAUGACAGAAAAAGAGAAAAAAAUGAAAGAAAUCACCGAAAAAGAGAUGAAAAGUCAGAACGAGAAAACAGAAAAUGAUAAACAACAGGAAGAAAGUGAUAAAUCAAAAAUUAAACAAUUACAAAACGAGAUUGAAACAAUCAAAAAGAGCGCAGAAGAUAAUUUGAAAAAAGUGAUGCAAAACGUCAAUUUGGAAAGAGAAAGUUGGACAAAAGAAAAGGCAGAGUUUAUAAUCAAAGUAAAUACUUUUGAAGAAGAAAAAGCACAGAACAAAAACAUAGAGGAAAAGAAUUUGAAAACAAUUGAAGAAUUAACAAAGAAAUUUGAACAACUUGAGAUCGAAAAGAAAGUGGUCGAACAGAAUGAAGAACAUAUUAAACAAGAUUAUGAAAAAUUCAAAAAUGGUUCAAACAAAAAAAUUCAAGAAAUUGAAGAGGAAAAUAUGAGAAUGAAAGACGAAGCGAAACAUCACCAAAUUUUGCAAUCACAAAUGGAAGUCAUGAAAAUGAAAGAAAGUGGUGAAAGUGAAUUAGAAAAAGUUUUACAAAAUGAGAAAGCGACGAACAUUCAUUUACAAGGAGAACUUGAAAAUAUGAAGAAAGAGGUUGAAUUUUUCAAAACCUCAACGAAUGAAUUAAAGAAAGAUAAUGCCGAGAUUAUCGCUAACAAGAAUCAACUUUUGAGUGAGAUAGAAGAUAUAAAAAAACGGAAUGAAAGUCUUGAAAAGGAGGGAAAAAAUCAGAAAUUUGUAUGUGAGAAACUGACCAAAGAAAUUGAAAUUAGUAAAACGCAGAGUGUCAAAGACUCUAUUGAAAGAGAUACCUUAACUACUAAAAUCAAAGAAGCUUUAGCACAGGUUGAAAUCGAACAAGCGAAGACUUCUGAAGCGAUUAAACAACUGACCGAGUCACAGAAAAUGUGCAGUUUAAUCAACGACCAACUUCUGAGCGAAAGAAAGAAGAACGACGAGCUUCGUGUGUUAAAAGAAGAGUGUGAAAGCAUGAAGAAAAAGAGAGAAGAUGAGAUUGACACAUUAGGAAAUGAAGUGAAGGAGAAGACAAUUAGCUUGAAAGAGUUGAGCGUAGAACAGAAGAGUUAG